AUGUUCAUCAGUGACCUGGAUAAAGGGGUAGAGUGCAUCCUCAGCAAGUUUGCUGAUGAUACAAAGCUGGCAGAGUGGCUGACACAGAAGGUGGUGCUGCCAUUCAGUCUUACAAGAAGCCUGUCUAUAACUUCAGCUGAAUCAGCAUUUGAAAAAGCUCAAGGAGAGAGAGUUACAUUGCCGUGUACUUUUGUACUCUCAGAAGAGGAUGUAGGCACACUAGAUAUUGAGUGGGUCUUGAUACCAGCAGAUAUUCAGAAGAAGGAAGAAACAAUAAUUCUGUAUUCUGGAGAUAGGAUUUAUAAUCAUUAUUAUCCUGCUCUGACUGGGCGGUUGCAAUUUACUAGUUCUGAUCCCAAAUCUGGUGAUGGUUCAGUGGAUAUCUUGAAUUUAAAGUCAACAGAUACUGGCACAUACCAGUGCAAAGUGAAGAAGGCUCCUGGAGUUGAAAGCCAAAAAAUACAGCUGAAUGUACUUGUAAAGCCAGCAAGCACUAAAUGCUCCAUUGAAGGAUCACAGGAGAUUGGAAAGGACAUUAUAUUGAAGUGUGCAUCACAAGAAGGAACCCCACUUUUGUAUUAUGACUGGAGAAGAGUAGUAACUGGCACACAAGGACUUCCUGCCACUUCCGUGCUAAAUAAAAAUACAGGGGAACUUCUCUUGAAAAAUGCCUCUAAAGACUAUUCUGGUACAUACAAUUGUGUUGCUUCAAACCGAGUUGGCACAGAUGAAUGUUCUGUUGAGCUGAAUGUCACCCCUCCUAUAAAUACAGCUGGUGUAAUUGCUGGAGCUAUUCUGGGAACUCUGUUGGGUCUUGCCUUAUUGGCUUUUCUUGUCUUCUGUUGCUGUAAGAAGCAUAGAGAGAAGAAAUAUGAGAAAGAAGUACAUCAUGAAAUCAGAGAAGAUGUUCUGCCUCCAAAAAGUCGCAGUUCAACAGCACGCAGCUACAUAGGCAGCAAUCGUUCUUCUUUGGGUUCAAUGUCUCCCUCAAAUAUGGAAGGAUACUCCAAAACUCCAUAUAGCCAGGUUCCAAGUGAAGACUUUGAACGUGCUUCUGGUCAAAACCAAACCAUUGCAUCUUCAAAGUCUGACAUCGCACACAAGAUUGGUGACAUAACAGUGGUAUAAACAUGAAGAAACACGCAUCAUUUUUUGCAUGAAUUUCAAGUAUGGUGAAACUGAA